AUAAUUUACGACACGAUAACACUUGAACAUGUAAAUUAUCAUUAGUGAGACAACUGACCAAAUCAAACAAAAUCGUCUCUUAUUAAUAAACCCAUUCAAAGUACGCCUCUCUAUCUCCAACACCAAACAACCCAACUAGCAACCGCUUCUAGAAGCUUUGCUUUACGAGGCGCAAGCAGCACUCCGUAAACCGCCCCCGUAGCAGCCCCCUUAUCCCCCAACUCUCCCUCUCCGCCCGCAGUAGUGGGGAUCCGGCAAACGCGAAACUAGCUGCAGUGAAGCCGCACGUAAACAGCCCCCUUGAUGUAUUUGAGCGACUCCGGCGAGCUGUUCGCUUACAAGUGCGAAAACAACAACAACUGCCCCUUUAAAGUGAUGAACGGGAAAAUCACCGACGUCAACUUCAACAGCCACCGCUGUGGGGCCAAAAAAACAGAAAUGGGCGAUAGCGAGUCGAGCGGCGAGGUGCGGAGCGAGGAGGUCCUAGCGCUGCGCAUCAAGUUCCCCACCAAAGUGCCGAUUAUCAUCAAGCGGUACGCCAAAGAGGCGGCGUUGCCCCACUUGGACAAGUGCAAGUUUCUCGUGCCGCAGGAGAUCACGGUGUCCCAGUUCCAGACCAUUAUCAGGAAUAGGCUGCAGUUGGGGCCCAACCACGCGCUAUAUCUACUAGUCAAUAACCGGUCAAUGGUCAGCCUGUCUCUGACGCUUGCAGAGGUGUACAGUGAACAUGCAGGAGCUGAUGGCUUUCUCUACAUAACCUACGCCUCACAAGAAGUAUUCGGAAGGGCCUGAGCGAUCUUUAACCGCACCAAUUAUGUAAAUAGUAUUAAUUCGUGUGUUUGUGCAGCUUGUUUUAUUAAUUUUAUUACUGUAUGAGAUUUGGAUGCUUUUAAAUAUAUGAAUUCGAACUGCUA